AUGCGGUUCAUAUCCUCCCUCGUUGCUGCCAGUGCUAUCCUGGCAGAGGUUGUUGCAGGUGCCAAAGUCCCCAGGGCUUUCGGUGUCCCAUCGGAUGAUGGAUUCCCCAAUCCGAGCCCUCAGCAGAUUCUCGACAUCUCUCAGCGUGCCAGGGGAAGACUUCCGGAUGGAGCCACUCCCAGUUCAUUGCCGGCCGGCACCAUCACGACACUCCAGCUCAUUGCUUUCAACGAGUUGUUUGAGACCGCCUUCUUCUCUUCGUUGAUUAGCAACAUUACCAAUGGUGUUGACGGCUAUAAAGAUGCCCCCAAUGGUGCUGUUGAAAUUCUGACUGCUGUACUAGCGCAAGAGGAGCUACAUGCUCUGGGAGCGGUUUCUAUCCUUAAAACUGCAGGGGCAUUUGCCCCCUCUCCAUGCCAGUACCAGUUCCCAGUCGCCAAGCUCGGGGACGCCGUCGCUCUGGCGGAAACCUUCACUGCUGUCGUGCUGGGCGCGUUACAAGGAGCUGGUAAGCAGUUCGCUGUUGACGGUGUCUCCGAUUUUGUUCAGUUGAUCUCGUCUGUUAUCGGCCAGGAGGGUGAGCAGAAUGGCUUCUACCGCCUCCUCCUCAACAGAAUACCCUCAGAAAAGCCCUUCCUUUCCUUCGUUCCCGCUCCCUUCGCAUUUAGUGCGCUUCAGCUCUUCGUUGUCCCUGGUUCAUGCCCCUUCCCCCUCAGCAACAUCAACCUGCCCAUCUUCCCGGCGCUGGCAACCAACGGAGGACCUGUGGCCGUCAUCCAGCCAAAUGAUCAGACGCUCUCAUUUUCAGCGGAUCUGUCCACUUCUGAGGCUGCUAAGCCGUACAUCGGAGGUGACGGAAGCGGUCUCUACCUGACCUACACCACCGGACAGCAGCAGCCCUUCUCGGUCAGCAUCACCAACGUCCAAUGGAACAAUGGAAUCCUUUCUUUCGAUGCCCCCUUCCCUUACAGCGCAAAUCAGAUGGAUGGAUUCAGCCAUGGCGCGCUCACAACCACCAACAACCCUUCUAGCUUCGAUGCUCUGGUACAGAGUACACUGGCCGCCCCAGCUGUGAUCCAGGUCAACAACAACAUCAUUUAG